UGAGAACCCAAGACAUGGCUGCCAGUGGUCGUGGGGUGGCGGAGUUUGCUGUGUUGGCCAGAAAAUUAUACCUCACUCAGGGCCCAUUGAUUAAUUAUUCUGAGUGAAUGGUUAAGCCGGUAAUGAUGGGGAGGUGCGGUGCUGUGCUGGCUGUGGCUGUGGCUGUGCUGUGUCUUGGUGUUGAUGUAACUGAGUCGCGUAGCUUCGAGAUCGACUAUGCCAAUAACCAGUUCCUGAAGGACGGCCGCCCGCACCGCUACGUGGCCGGCUCCAUCCACUACUUCCGCGUGCUGGCCGCUGACUGGCCGGAUCGUCUCUGGAAGCUGAGGAUGGCGGGCUUCAAUGCUGUCCAGACGGUCAUCGAAUGGUCCACCCACGAGCCGCGUCAGGGAGAGUAUCACUUCACGGGGAACAGUGACCUCGAGGCGUUCAUCCGCACGGCACAGAAGCUGGGCCUCGACGUCAUCCUCCGCAUCGGGCCCUACAUCUGCGCCGAGAGGGACAUGGGUGGACUACCUUAUUGGCUCCUGAAACUCCACCCUGAUAUCCGUCUCCGCACCUCUGACCCCAACUUCCUUCUCCACAUGGACCGAUGGCUGGGCGAGGUGCUGCUGCCGAAGAUACGUCCGCUGCUCUACGAGAAUGGCGGGCCCGUCAUUACGAUACAGCUGGAGAACGAGUAUGGGUGUCUGGUGGGGCUGUGUGACCAUCGCUACACGGCCCACCUUCGGGACCUGACGCGGCAGCAGCUGGGCCCGAACGUUGUGCUCUUCACGGUGGACAACCCGCUCCUCAGCCACCUUAUGGAGGGCAGGAUUCCGGAGGUGUACGCCACGGUGGACUUCGGCGUAGACAGGAACCCCGGCCUGAUGUUCUUUAUGCAGCGCCUCUUUCAGCCCCGCGGCCCCCUGGUCAACUCCGAGUACUACCCCGGCUGGCUUGACCACUGGGGGGAGCCACACCACACUGUAGAUACCAAGGAGAUGUUCAGGAUUCAGCGCCUUUUCGAACCCCGCGGCCCACACGCCAACUCCGAAUAUCACUCCGGCUGGAUGGACCACUGGGGGGAGGCACACCACACCCUUGAUACCCAGGAGCUCGCCAAUGGGCUGGACGCUAUCUUGGCCCUCAACGCCUCCGUCAAUAUGUUCAUGUUCCACGGCGGCACCUCCUUCGGGCUCACCGCAGGUUCUAACAACGACUACAAGUUCCAGUCCAACCCCACCUCCUACGACUACGACGCCCCAGUCUCCGAGGCCGGCGACCCCACGGACAAGUACCAGGCGAUCCGGGACGUCGUGAGCAAGUACCUCCCCGUGCCUCAAGGUCCCCUCCCAGGCCCCUCGAAGAAAGGUAUGUACGGGCAGGUGAACAUGACAGCCGCCGCCAGCCUGUGGGAGGUGGCCCAGCGCCUGCCCGCGACACACAGCCCCUGGCCCCUCACCUUCGAGCACCUUGACCUGUCCGCCGGGCUUGUCAUUUAUACCUCCAGCGUCCCCUUCAGGAUGCCUGACCCUGCACGCCUGAGCCUCCCUGGCAUGCACGACCGUGGGUACGUGUUCGUGGCGGGGCGUGAGGCGGGGCUGGUGUCGCGAGAGGAGGCGAUGACGGACGUGGCGGUGACGGCGCUGGAAGGGGACGCGAUAACGGUGGUGGUGGAGAGCCAGGGAAGGAUAUCAGCCGGGCCGCACACUAACGACUUCAAGGGCCUCACCACGAACGUCACUCUCAACGGGCAUCUCCUGAAGGGGUGGAACAUGACAGCCGUGCCCCUCGCCAACGUCUCCAUCCUGGCCGCCGCCCCCAGCCUCGGCCACGCCCCCGCCACCCCCGGCACCCCCAGCGGCGGCCUCACCUACUACAGAGGCGUCUUCACCGUUCCUGACGAAGACCCUCAUCCGCUUGAUACCUUCCUGAGGGUUGAUGGGUGGACGAAGGGCGUGGCGUGGGUCAACAAGUUCUGCCUGGGGCGGUACUGGCCGGAGGUUGGUCCCCAGGUCACUCUGUACGUGCCCUGGUCAAUCUUGAAGCGGGGUGAGAACGAACUUAUCUUGUUCGAGCUUGAGAGCGCCCCGUGCCCCGCCUCGAGCCCCGCCAGCCCCUGCGCCGCCACCCUGCAGGAUCAACACGUGAUAGAUGGACCCACGCCCCCGUGAUAAGGCUGGUAUCACAAGACACUUUCGCUUCUAAGUCAGAGGGGAUAAAUCGGGGGUCCUAAUGGAUGUUUUUUUAGGUUCAUGGUACAGAAGAAGGGUCAAACUACCACUAAGGUCAUAAAACUACUCCUGGAAAUGCCCACAACUCCUACGAAAGCCUUGUCAAAUAUGUGUUCUUGGGGGGCGAAAUGUCUUAUAAUACGACUCAAAUUUAUUAGUAUCUAUCAUUACUCAGAAUGCAUUAAAUUAUUUGGCACAGUGGCUUAUAUAAACAUCGUUGUGACAUCAGGCCCCGGAUUAGUGUGUAGUUUUGGGACUCAACAACAAAAGUGCGAUUCACAAAGCUCCGCGGUAAUAACAAUACCAACUAUUUGAUGACGUCACGAGUUAACGUCGGUCGCUAAAUCAAUAGUGUGUAGUUAUGUUAAUGUGUAUUUAGUAUCUUUGUGAAUCUGGGCCCAGGCCUUCAUCAAUCAGCAAUUCAGGGGGCAUACGAUGGGGGGUGCGUCUUCUCGCCCACCCUACGACGCCAAACCCGGGGAACUAUCGACUUGCUCAAGCCACGAACUCUGUGGGCGUCCCCUUGGCCUCCACUCAGGAUUAUCUCUUACAGAAACAAUUAACCCGAUGAGCACGGUCGGCUUCUGGGUAACGCGCCACCUGCCUGUAUUCUUCAGACUGUAGUACAAAGGUAGUAAUCGUAGCGUUUUAGACAUUUCCAGAAUUUAAGUAGUUUAAUGACCCUAGUUGUAGUUUGACCCUUCUUUUGUAGUAUGAACCCCCAAAAGACGCUCACUAGAACCCGACCGAUAUCCUUUUUGACCUUUGGAUAUAGUUGAUGUGAGAGGUGGAGUUUUGGGCUUUACCUAUAUUGUAAGAGUGUUUUAUUGUAGACUGUAGUAAAAAGGUAGUAUUAGUAUACUGUAAGAGUGCUUGAUAUUAUUGUACUCUUCUAAGAUAUGG